CCAUGGCCUCCUCUUCCUCCUCCUCCUCCGCCUCAUCUCAUGCCUCACUCGCCUAGAACCCCUCCUCCUCCUCCCGAUCUCCGAGGCAAUCCUCCUCGAAUUCCCCGCGCCCCGAUCUCCCCCUGACGCCACCCUCCUCCUCCGCCCCGGAUCGCCCCGCCCGAUCUCGCCGCGGGGUCGAAUUUCCCCUUCUCUUGUCUCCGAUCAGGGCCGCCUCGAUCGAAGGCGGCGCCGCGCCGACCAUCCCACCUUGUUUGGUUGUAAUUUCUUCUUGUCGCGUGAGGAGGGGGGCGUGGCGGCGGGGGAGAGCGCGUGAGCGGGCGGGAGAUGGGGGCGCCGAAGCAGAGGUGGACGGCGGAGGAGGAGGCCGCGCUCAAGGCCGGCGUGGCGAAGCACGGGACGGGGAAGUGGAGGACCAUCCUCCGCGACCCGGAAUUCACCGCGCUCCUGCGGCUGAGAUCCAAUGUUGACCUCAAGGAUAAGUGGCGCAACUUGAGUGUCACUGCUGGAGGAUAUGGGUCAAGAGAGAGGGCAAGGGUAGCUUUGAAGGGAGGCAAGCGAGGGCCUAAGGCCCUUGCUGAACCGAUGGAUGCCGACGAAAAGAACCCUGACAUUGAUGAUAAUGCAAUCAUUGAUGCACAACCGUUGGCAGUGGUUGUUGAGCCCAUGCAACUUGAGAGUACUCCAGAGAAAGAGAAAUCAGUUGCUAGGCUUGAUGACCUUAUUUUAGAAGCUAUAAAGAAGCUUAAGGAACCGUCUGGGUCUAAUAGAACAACGAUUUCUUCAUACAUUGAGGAGCAAUACUGGCCACCUGAAGAUUUUCAACGAUUACUUUCUACAAAAUUGAAAGCAUUGGUUGCUACUGGAAAAUUAAUCAAGGUGAAUCAAAAGUACAGGAUUGCACCAAGUUCGAACUCUUCAGGUGGAAAGAGCAUCAAGGUGUAUUCCACUGGAGAAAUGAACAUAGAAAAUAAUAAUGUUAGACAGCUGAGUAAGCCGCAAGUGGAUGCUGAACUUGAUAAGAUGAAAAGCAUGAGUAAGGAAGAGGCAGCAUCAUUUGCUGCUAGGGCAGUUGCCGAGGCAGAAGCAGCCAUUGCUGAAGCUGAAGAAGCAGCAAGGGCUGCAGAGGCCGCAGAAGCCGAGGCUGACGCUGCAAAGGCUUUUCUUGAUGCUGUUGUGACCACGAUGCAAAACAGAAAUCAUGCUUCUGCGAUGCUUCGAGCUUGCUGAUCUUCUCUACGGAUUCAGAUUGGGUUUCAGCCAGUGAAACUUGUCAAGACAACGCUGGUGUUCUGCUACAAAGCUUUUGUUGAUAGAUGAGAUUCUUGUAUAGCCUUAUAGAUCAAGAUGCUUUAGUGAGGGGGGUUUUCAACAUUUUGCUCUGAUCCUGAACCCUAACUACUCAUAUUUGAGUUGAUGUCAUCCAGUGGUAUCCAAUUAGAUACAUAUAUCACGUGACUGGUGUUUGUGCUAUGUUAAGACAAUCAACAACUCCAAUAACAAGGGCGAAUGAGAAUUUAGUCUGAAUUUCCCCCCGUUUUGUAUUGCUUUUGUAAUUAGCCUUUUCCCUUUGGUCAAGCGAAGUCAUGAAAUAGUAGAAUUGUAGUUGGAAAGACAUGUCGUAUGAGCUGUGCUAAUUUAUGGACAUGGCUUUAAUAUGACAAGUUGGUGGUGGUGUUUUAGCAUUACAUUACAACUAAUUAGCACAUGCUGCAGUCAUUGUACUCUC